AUGGCAUCUGGUUAUGGUCUCAAUGGCGGUCCUUCCCGCUGCUACGGUUUCUGGCAGGAGGUCCUCGGUUGCUACGUCGUCAAUUCCGGUGAGGGCGAGACCGGCAAGAAGAAGUGCAUGCCCGCAUUGGAGGACUACUACGAGUGCCUGCACCACAGAAAAGAGGCUCUCCGCACGAUGAAGAUGCAGGCCGCCUACCGCAAGGCUGAAGCCGCACACCCCCGGGAGAACGCGCCCAAGGCGGAACAGAUUCGCAGUCUGGGAUUGUUAGGGAAUGAAGAACAGACGGCAGAUGUGUUGGCGAAGGCGUCAUGA